CUUUCUCCUCUUUCGUAUUAUCAGUCAACUGCGAAUAUCUUAGUGGUGCGUGGGCCGGUAAGCUCGCUCGUUGGCCAUCGCCAGCUAUGUAGGGCGUACAAAUCCGCCCUGUGCCCAUUUCGGCAUGCGUCGACAGUGGGUUUUGUUUCUUGCUGACUCUUUUUCAAAUCGUUAUACUGCUGUCAAUCACCCGUCGCCAUGGACGAGAAAUUAAGUGACAAGCCCAAACGCAGGCCAUCUGCGGCCACGGCCGUUCAGGAGGGGACGAUCGUCUCUGAUCCGGCGGAUGCAGAGCUACUGGCUGCGAUGGGAUACAAACAAGAACUACGGAGGCAUUAUUCGACGGUGCAGGUCUUUGCCAUCGCAUUCAGUAUAAUGGGACUGUUGCCCUCGAUCGCGUCGACACUAUCCUUUUCGAUCCCUGCGGGUCCCGUGGGAAUGGUCUGGGGAUGGUUUAUCGCAAGCUUCUUCAUCUUUACAGUCGGUCUCGCAAUGGCUGAUCUCGCAUCUGCAAUGCCCACGGCUGGAGGCCUAUAUUGGUGGACCCAUUAUUUUGCCGCAGACAAAUACAAGAAGCCAUUGAGUUUCCUCGUCGGUUACAGUAAUACCCUCGGAUUGAUAGGAGGCAUCUGUUCGAUCGAUUAUGGUUUCGCUCUCAUGUUGCUUUCGCUCAUCUCCAUUACCCGCGAUGGUGAAUGGUCAGCUUCUCGCCCUGUCGUAUACGGCACAUACGUUGCUUGUGUGAUCUGCCACGGGUUUCUCGCAACGUUCUUCGGUCGCAUUAUGCCCAAGAUCCAGUCUGCUUGCAUCUAUGCCAAUGUCGGACUUGUGUUGGCUACAGUCAUUGCGCUUCCCAUUGGGAAGGCUCACAACAAUGGGCCGGUAAAUUCUGGUGGCUAUGUUUUCGGUCAUGUCGAAAACCUCACCACUUGGCCGUCUGGCUGGGCAUUCAUGCUGGCUUGGCUGUCGCCAAUUUGGACCAUUGGCGCUUUUGAUUCUUGCGUGCACAUGAGCGAGGAGGCGACACACGCUGCCCGUGCUGUGCCACUCGGUAUUUUGUGGUCAAUAGGAUCGUGCUGGGCUCUUGGAUUCCUCUGUCUCUGCAUCAUUGCGGCCGUUAUCGACAAGGACUUGACUGCUGUCCUCAAUACUAGCUUUGGACAGCCUAUGGCGCAGAUAUAUUAUGAUGCCCUCGGGAAGAAAGGCGCUCUUGGAUUCAUGUCCGUCCUGACGAUCGUUCAGUUUUUCAUGGGCUUGAGUUUGGUCAUCGCUGCUUCUCGACAAAGUUGGGCUUUCUCCCGCGACGGCGCACUCCCAUUCUCCAGCUUUUUCCGACAUGUCAGCAAACGCAUCCGCUUCCAGCCCGUUCGUAUGAUCUGGGGCGUCGUCGCAGCUGCCGUCAUCAUUGGACUUCUCUGCUUGAUUGACGAGGCCGCCUCUAAUGCUCUCUUCUCGCUCGCUGUUGCCGGUAAUGAUGUCGCAUGGGGAACGCCCAUCUUCUGCCGUCUCUUCUGGGGUCAGGAGAAGUUCCGUCCCGGCGCCUUCUAUACUGGCUGGAUGAGCAAGCCUAUCGCUAUCACAGCUAUCGUUUACCUGCUUUUUGUAAUUAUUCUGUGCAUGUUCCCCACUACGGGACCUAAUCCAAGUCCGGACGAUAUGAACUAUACCGUUGUCAUCAACUGCGCAAUUUGGCUAGGUGCGCUAUUGUAUUAUGUUCUCUCCGCGCGGAAAUGGUUCACAGGUCCCAAGAUGACGGUCGGGUCUGAAUCUGAGAGUGAUCAGGAGGUCUCGAAUGGAUCUAAUGAUGGGAAUACUCAGCCAGAGCAUGUUGCAGUGAAAUAGGCCUUGUGACUGACUAGUGCGAUUAUAUUUAUAUCUCGAUUUAAAUUUACACUGCAGCAUUGUCACCAACAAACAGUCAUUGAAUCCUGUCUAUAUAUAACAAAAAUCACAUCCAUACCUUGACGCAAUCGCCUCUUACUAUGGCUUCACAACGCUCAAAAACGGAAGUGUUAGAUCCGUAAAGAAACUAACAGCCCCAUCCACCUGAGCAGUCGUGACACUCGUCUCCGGUAACCCACAAAUGGAAGCAAACGACCCGUACUCCUUCCGUUUCUUGGUUACAUACUCUACGUAAUCUCCCAAUGGACAGCUGGACCCGGGCCCGGAAUGGCAGAAUGGAAGCGCUUGAUAAGUGUCUUGUUAGCUAAUGAAUAUUCAUAACAGAGAAAGGUAAAUGAAGUGGUCCUUACGAUACACAGCAUCAUUCAGUAGAAUGCGAAGAGUUACCUGC